UACACAAAGUAAUAAUGUUUGGCGAUGUUCAGGAGUACCAAUAAGAUGCGUGGAAAUUCAAUUUAGACCUUAAACAAAUUUGAUUCGCCUCUCUAAAAUAUCACACACUAUAGUGAUCUUGACGUGUCUAGUUCAUACAUCUAUAUUUGGAGAGUUUGAUACUUCUAUAUAAGGAAAGUUUAGCACCAACUCGGAAGAAAGCAGAAAUCUUGAUUUAACGUUUAAGUUGGAUUUUCCUAAAGGAAAAGAUCGGAUUCAGAAUUUAAGGCAGAUUAACACAAUGUCAUCGCCAAGACCAAGUAAGCGCAAAUCAGGUGGUUUCUUUAACAAAGACACAAUUGGCGAUUCUUUCUCCGGAGUUUUGGGCAAUUUCUCCCUGAACGACACCACCAAUAAAAUUCAAGGAUUUUUCUCAAGCGGGAACCAAGAAAAGGAAGGCAGACAUAGACACCACAGCCCAGAAACAACUUGUAAAGAAAAAAUCAAAGGAUUUUUUUCACCUGGAGCUCAAAAGAAGCAUGGAAGCCAUGGUAGCCAUGGUAACGUAAACAUUACAAGUAAAAUUCAAGGAUUUUUCCUCUCUGAAAAUCCUAAUUGUAAACAUAAUCAUCGCUCUCCAAUCAGAAAUGAUAACAAAAGCACUACUUUCUUGGCCACACCAAACCCAGGUUCAAGGCGUAAUUCGACUGAAAUAGUCCAAACUAAACUCAAAACAUUGUUCAACACUGAUGAUGAUUUGAAUGCGAAUGAAAGUAAAGGGACUACUUUCUUGACCCCACCAAAGUCAGAAUCAAGGCGUAAUUCGGUUGAGUCAGUCCAAGAAAAAAUAAAAUCAUUUUUCAAUGAUAGCGAUGACCAAAAUGCUAAUGGGAAUAAAAGCAAUACACUUUUGUCUCCCCCAAAGCAAGGACCAAGGCGUAAUUCGGUUGAACUGGUGCAAGAAAAGUUCACUACAUUAUUCCAAAGUAGCACUGACAAAAAUGAUAAUAGUGGAAAAAGAACUUUACAUCUGGCUUCCCCAAAACAAGAAUCAAGGCGAAGUUCACUAUUUUUGCCUUCCCCGAAGCAAGAAUCCAGACGUAGCUCAUUGUUUUUAGCUUCGCCAAAGCAAGAAUCAAGGCGUAAUUCACUAUUCCUGGCUUCGCCAAAGCAAGAAACCAGGCGUAGUUCAGUUGUAAUGGUACAGGAAAAGUUCAAAAAACUGUUCAACAAUGACGACGAUGACAAUGACCCUAAUGGUAAUGAAUGCCAUGCCUACGAGAAAAACCAAAGUUCACCUCCUGGAAAUAAUGAUCAAGAAUGUUCAAAGAAAGGGAAGAAACACGAUAAGUUACAUCGCCAAGACAGCGCAAAGGUUAUUCAAACAAAAUAUCGCGCACAUCGAGAACGGAAACAGUUUAAGGAGAUGCGACAGGCCGCCUCGACAAUCUCGAGGGCAUACAGACGAUAUCAACGUAAAAGCAAGGGCUUUAGGGUAUGAACUACCAGCAUGGCAGCUUGAAAGAACAUUUGCGCUGAAGAUUUGGUAAAACCUAAUUUAGUUUCUACUUAUGUGAACAAUGAGAAAUAUUAG